ACCCUACCCCACCUUCUGUUGUGUAUGAGUUUGUUCUUCUCUUGGACCUCGAGCCGUCUUCACGAGGACCCCUUUCUUCAUACGCCUGCUUUCCUCUUUCCUUCUCUUAUUACAAAACUCUGAAUAAAAUAUUCGAAGUAAUUCCCCCAAAAAAAAGUGAUGCAGAAACCCAAGCAAAACCAUAUGCUUUUACGAGCUUCAACUUCACCCACUCGUAGCAAUCCAUGUUUCUUCAAUCGAUUGCUCAUCCCCAAACUGAAUUAAUUUAAUUUGCAGAAAAAAAAAGAAAAAGAAAAGAGAAACUGAAUCUCUGUAAUUUUUGCUUCUGGAGAUGAAAAGGGAUCGUGAUCGGGGGAAGGGGAAAGGGGCGGCGGCGGAGUGCGGCGGCGGCGCCGACGACGGAAAAAUGUGGCCGAUGGAAGUGGAUUCCGGUAUGGACGAGCUGUUCGCCGUUUUGGGCUACAAAAUGAAGUCUUCCGACAUGGCAGAGGUCGCCGAGAAGCUCGAGCAGCUGGAGAUGGCGAUGGGGAUGGCCAGUGACGAUGGCGCCGGCGAGUCGGUCCUCGCCGCCGAUACUGUUCAUUACAACCCGUCAGAUCUUUCCGGGUGGGUCGAAUCCAUGCUAUCCGAACUCAGCACCUCCUCCGACUCCCUGGAUCCGAACCCGAUUCGGAUUCCGGCCGAAUCUUCUUCCAGCAACCAGAUAACACCCGCCGGAGGAAAAUUAAUGGACGACGACGACGAUCUGACAGCGAUUCCUCGUACGGCGAUCCGCAACAACCAGAACAAAGAUUCCCCAAACGAUUCGGCGACGGAGAGCAAUAAGAGGAUGAAAUCCUCCGCCGGAUCUGAUCUAUUUCUCGAAAUCUCCUCCUCCACCGCCGCCUCUUCCUCGGCGGCGCCGCCGCCGCUUGUGGUGGUGGAUUCUCAAGAAACCGGCGUUAGGCUCGUCCACACACUUAUGGCCUGCGCAGAGGCCAUCCAGCAAGACAACCUUAAACUCGCCGACGCCCUCGUGAAGCACGUCGGCGUCCUCGCCGUGUCCCAAAUCGGCUCCAUGAGAAAAGUCGCGACGUACUUCGCCGAAGCAUUAGCCAGAAAGAUCUACAACAUCCACCCGCCGGAAAACCUCAAUUCCGACGUCCUGCAGAUGCACUUCUUCGAAACGGCGCCGUAUUUGAAGUUCGCCCAUUUCACAAGCAACCAGGCCAUCUUCGAAGCUUUCUCCUCCGCCGCGAAAGUCCACGUCAUCGAUUUCAGCUUGAAGCAGGGGAUGCAAUGGCCGGCUCUGUUACAGGCCCUCGCCUGCCGCCCCGGCGGCCCCCCGCGCUUCCGAUUAACCGGCGUCGGCAUCGGCUGCGGGCAUGACGUCGGGUGGAAGCUAUCGCAGUUGGCGAAAGUGAUCGGCGUCGAAUUCGAGUUCGAAUCGUUAUCCGCCAAUUUCGAUCCGACUGCGCUGCAAAUUCACAACGACGAGACGCUAGCGGUGAAUUCAGUGUUCGAGCUCCACCGGUUGCUCGCCCGACCUGGCGCGGUCGAGAAAUUCCUCAGUUCGAUCAAGGGAUUGAGUCCGAAAGUCGUGACGAUUGUCGAGCAGGAAUCAAAUCAUAACGGGGCCGCGUUUGUCGACCGGUUCAACGAGGCGCUGCACUACUACUCGACGAUGUUCGACUCGCUGGAGUGCGCCGCGACAGGCGAGGCGAGCAGCGAGGAUGUGGUGAUGACGGAGCUGUACUUGGGGCGGCAGAUAUGCAACGUCGUGGCGUGCGACGGCGAGGAGCGCGUUGAGCGGCACGAGAGGCUGGGGCAGUGGCGGGCGCGGAUGGGCGCGGCCGGGUUUGAGCCCGUGAAUUUGGGGUCGAACGCGUACAAGCAGGCGAGUAUGCUGCUGGCGCUGUCGGCGAGCGGAGACGGGUACAGCGUCGAGGAGAAUGCCGGGUGUUUGAUGUUGGGUUGGCACGCACGGCCGCUGAUUGCCGCCUCGGCGUGGCGGCUGGCGGCGGCGCCGGCGAAGUAGUUGUGAUUCAACUCGGCCACAGAAAAUGUGGGCGCGGAUUGGAGACAGCCUAAUUAACAUUUAAGUGUUUGGUUGUUUUAUGUUUGAAUUAAGUUGGUUUUUUUGGGGGUUUUGGUACACUUUUUUUUUUUUAGGAUUACGAAGAUAUUUAGGUGGUUGGAUUUUAAGUUUUGGUUUGCUCUUUGGUUUGUAAAUUGGGAAUAACUAUAUCCAAGAUGUAAAAUUUUGACAUGAAUCAAUAAACUAAGUUGUAAACUAAGUUGUUAAGAAGGAUUUGAGAUUUCAAUUAUUAGAAA